ACAUCUACAGACAAGCAUACGCACAUCUCCCCCCUCUCUCUCUUCCCCUCCUUUUUCUCCCUCCCUCCCUCCCUCCCUCCCUCCCUCCCUCCCUCCCUCCCUCCCUCCCUCUCUCUCUCUCUCUCUCUCCAUCUCCCCUUGUCUGUCAGUGUGAUCAAUGGCUUGACUUCCUCCUUUUGGUACGGCUGUAGGCUGUAUACAAGAACACAGGAAUCGCCUGGUGCUGCUCACAGUUUCACAGCAGCAGCAGCCAUCAGUGCUAAAGACAAUUAUAUCCAGAAAACACGCCGGAUUCCCUCUGCAGUCAAGAUGAGUGCAGGGGAUGUGGUCUGCACUGGCUGGCUCAUCAAAUCUCCCCCUGAGAAGAAACUAAAGAGAUACUUCCCUGCCCCCUAGGCAUGGAGGAGACGUUGGUUUGUUCUUCAAAGAGGACGUAUGAGUGGGAACCCAGAUGUGUUGGAGUACUACCGAAACAAGACCUCAAAGAAGCCCAUCCGCACCAUCGACCUGAGAGAGUGUGAGGUUCAGAUGCAGACGGAGCAACGCCUGGUCAAGAGGGAGUUCCAGAACCAGCACCUCUUUGUUGUCAAGACGUCGUCUCGCAUGUUCUACCUAGUGGCCAAGACUGAGGAGGAGAUGAACAGUUGGGUCAGUCAGAUCAGGGAGAUCUGUCACUUUGGACCUCUGAGUAUGGAUGAUGGGACAGAAUCAGAGGAAGGUUUUACGCACAACCCAACCUCCCAGCAGCCUUCACCUGCUCUCUCCCGAAAUAUGUCAUUCAUUUCCAACCAUGACUUCAUGGCCUAUGGCAACAGCAGAGUUGAGAUGCCCAGCCUGAUGAAUCCCAACCAUCCAAUGGACUACCUCUUCCUCUCACAGUGUGAGACAGGGAGGUUCAGCAUCUUUAGAUGUGACAGCUUUUCAAACUCUGAGCGAUCUCUGGAACAGAAUUCUUCAGACGCUACUACAGAAGAUGUCUUCUCUUCAACUGAUCCUUCUCGGUCUCCCUUUCCCCACACUGGACCAUCUCUGUCCCCCUUUCCCCACACUGGACCAUCUUCGUCCCCCUUCCCCCACAUAAGGAUGCAUGACCCCCCUUUCAGCGCCCCAUGUGGCCCCACGUCAUCCUCUUCCUCUCCUCGAACUCUCAACCGUACACCCGACAUCUUCCAGUUUGAUAAGCCAUAUUCUUCUGCCAUAUUGGAGGUAACUACUGAUGGACUCACUCCCCCUCCUCUGCCCCCCAAGUCUAUCCACCUCUCAGAGCACCUUAGUGAUGAGGGCUCCCAUGGGCCUCUGGAUGGGGUUGGGCAGCAGCUCACAGGCCAACCUGCACUCAUCCCCCGGAGGAUCUCUCUCUCAGGCCUGCCAGACCACUUCAGAAGAGAAGACAUUGAGGGCAGUGCACUGAGGAGCAGGAACAAAAGGCUCAGUCUUAAUUUGCCACAUUUCAUUGCCACUCAAAGUCCAAACUGCCAUGAGGACUCGUACGUGCCCAUGGCCUCUCCAACUGUCUGUGUUGGUGAAGAUGUGUCGGACGGCUACAUCCCUAUGAGCCCCACUACAAUCAGCUUCCUCAAGGCUAAUGGCAAAACAGAGGCCCCUCUCGCUCCCACCCCCUUUCCCACUGCAGGUCUACCUGGGGAUUUAGAACCACCUCCAAUCAACAGGGAUCUCAAACCACGCAGGAGAGCCCGGCCUCCACCACUGGACCUGAGGGGCCUGUCCACUAUCAGAGAAUGUCCGACCCAUAUGCUUCUGAUCAGAACCAUGACAGAGCCAGGAAAUUCACUGCAAGUCCUACUGGAGAGAAGACAAGGACAACUGGGAAUUAAAGGAGACCAAGAAGCCAGCAGCAUUCCAACAGAGUCAAGGCCGCUGUUCUUCUCUACAAACGAGGGAGCCACCCAGCCGUGGCUUAGGAGAUCAAACCUUGACUACCUUUCACUGGAUUUCAAUUCCGCAUCCCCGUCUCCCGUGCAAAAGUUGACUGUACACCAACUCUGCUGGGAUGUCUUCCAGAAGCCCCUCCUUGCUGAUGAACACAGGGUGGACUAUGUGCAGGUGGAUGAGAAGAAGACUCAGGCGCUGCAGAACACUAAGAUGGAGUGGAAGGAUGUCCGGCAGUCUAAAGUGUAAAUCAGGUGGGAAAAAAACACGACUUUCCAUUUCACAAAACAAGUGGAGCAAAUGCAACAUCACAUACAAAAUCUGUCAUAAGAGAUGGUAAUUUACCUCAAAGAGAGCAGUUCUUCUUUCAUGUACAAAAUAAAAGCACUUUGAAAUGCAUCAGAUAUAAACAUCUAAGAGAGAAGAAAGUAGACAGUGUUGUCAAAGACAGUUUAAAUAACUGGUUUGUGGUUUGGGGGCAUCAAAAUUCACUGUACAAAUAUGACAUCAAAGUUACACUGCGAAUGUCACUUUACCAUGCACUGUGUCACAGUGCUGUUUUUGUAUUAAAUGUUACGCAAUAAAAAGGACACUGCUCAUUUCUUAUUCUUUUGCUGAAACAGAUUGUAUGGAUUCUCAAUACACAGGAAUUGAAGUAUUCUGUUUUUAGAUGAACAAUGGUCUGAGUAUAAGAGUAUGUUAAACCAAAUGAGCAGGUGUCUAAGUACAGGUGUGUAUGUAGAAGUGCAAAUGUAGAGCUGGAAUCCUAAAGACAAAGACAUGCAUUAACGCUUCUGCCCUGCACAUUGCAUUUGUUGUUGUUUUUUUAAAGUUCUGAUGCCUUGGAUUGGCAGCCAGCAGGAAAAGCGCAAUGCGAUCUGUAGUCAUGUACAUAGGGAUUGAAUGGAGUGGUAUUAUUCAAAUGAGUCAUAUGAACAGGGCGAACAUCUCAGACCUGAUAUUGUGUAACAGUACUGUGUUAUUACUGUGUAAGAGGGUACCAAUGACUCAAACCCCAAUACUGAACACCAUCUCGAUAGGUCAACCUACAGAAGAAAGCGCAAAUCACUGUGUGCCUAUCCUAAAGUUGGUGAGGGUGGAGAACUCCCUUACAAUAAACAGUCUCUUCACAAAUGUCGGAAAAGCCAUACAGUCUUAACUAGAUGUUUCUAAAGAUGGAGUUGAACUCAUUAUUUUAGCACAAGCGGUACCAUCUUCAAGUUGUGAGCUGUAUUGUUUUAAUGUAUGUUUUAAUGUGUCCAUGUAAUGUAUGCAACGAUGCACAUCCAACAAUGUUUUCAUGCUUUAAUAAAUCCCUUUUACCUGA